GACAACUCCGGAAGUGGGAGCGGGUACCUGUCAAAUUCAGGUACCUGUCUGCAGUCUCUGGUAAUCUCCUUUACUGUCUGCAGUCUCUGGUCAUCUCCUGUACGGUCUGCAGUCUCUAGUCAUCCCCUGCACUGUCCGCAGUCUCUGGUCUUCUGUACUGUGUCCGCAGUCUCUGGUCUUCUGUACUGUGUCCGCAGUCUCUGGUCUUCUGUACUGUGUCCGCAGUCUCUGGUCUUCUGUACUGUGUCCGCAGUCUCUGGUCAU